UCUCUGUCUUCACAACUGACAUCACGCGGUGUUUCGAGAUGAUCCCCACGGACUGUUCGGAGGACAGUCUCCCGGCAGCAGUCAAGUUCUAUGUGCAAUGUGCGAUGCGUGUACAAAGGGAGAGGAGCUCCAGUCACGCCAUCAAGGUCAACGUCGAAGCAGACGGCAGGCUUCGACCGGCAUGGGUGGACGCCGGGCAGGCGGAGGGCAUGGAUUCAAUGAUCUUCAACGAACAGGAUAUCUACUGGCUCACGGAGUGGUGCAUAGUGAACAGCAUUUUACGCAUGGGAGAUCACGUGUGGAGGCAGACCAGAGGCAUCCCCAUGGGGCUCGCCUGCUCCCCCAUAUGGUGUGAUAUCUACUUUUUCAAGUAUGAAUAUCACGCCAUGAUGAGGUUGAUCGACACCGGCAAUGCACAUCUGGUUCCAUGCUUCGCGAACACAGUCAGGUACAUCGAUGAUCUGAGCUCUAUUAACAACACGAUCAUCAGGGACUUCAUGAGGAGCAGACAGGACAGAGAGAACGAUGACCCUUGUUGGAUCUAUCCUGACGAAUUCAUAAAGAUUGAGGAGAACACGGAGGUUGUUGUGGACGGAUGGGGAUGUAAGGCCAACUUCCUCAGUAUGACCAUCUCGAUCACUUCCCCGAUUACAGGAUCCUACACUACUUACAGGCAUGACAAGAGACUGGGUCUGGGUUUUGUUCCAUGCAGAUUUAUGAGAUACAGAUCCAACAGGAGCGCCAAGCAGUCACUCCAGAUCAUCACGACGCAGGUUGCGCUGAUCAUGCUUCUGUGCUCCGAACCUAAGGACGUUGCCGAAUAAAUCAACAAGGUCGUCACGAUCAUGAGAGGGAACGGUUUCGCUACAGAGGUG